UUACAGCUUAGCUACACAGACAGUUAGAGAUUGAGGAAAGGGUGGAAAGUGGCCGACGGCAAUCUUCCUAGCUAUUAUUAACAAGUCCGACGUGGUGCAUUGGAUCCGAGGAUACUUCGCGAAACUGAGAAAUGUCUCGACAUCGCAAUAUCCGUAAUAUGAACUAUGACGAGGAGCGGUAUGAUGAAGAUGAUGAAUUCCAUCGAUACAGCAUCUCAACAGAUGAUGAUGCAGUUUCUUCGGGUGCAGAAGAAUAUAUACAUAAACGGACGCAUACGAACUCUUUCAACAACAACAAAGCCGGUUUUUGCAUCGCGGAUUUCAUCCCAGAAGAGGGCAUUUCGGAAUUAGUUAAUGAUGUUGUCGAUGAUUCUGGCGACUGUUGCACUGCAACGACACAUAUUCAGAGACCUCGAAGAAAUGAGUUAGCAGAAGAGAAUUCAUCAAGAGACCAUCAUCCAGUUAGAAGUAAGAGUAAGGAGAUUCGACUUUGGGACCAAGUGCUAAAGCGAAAACCGGAGAAAACGAACAUAAUUGGCAAUAAUGAAAACUUGCCAGAGGUGUCGCAAAUGGAAAACUUGCAAUUGUCAGAAGACGUGGAAAGGAAUAUACCUGGGAAAAAAUUCUCGAAUCAAUUUCUACGAAAGAGUGCUAGUAGCAAGAGACUAACUGCUCUUGACGCUGCACGAAAUGCGGUUGUACAACCGCCUAGAGCGAAACAAUCCUUUCAAGAAAACAAGCCAAUGGUUAAUGUGGUCGUCGUUGGCCAUGUAGAUGCUGGUAAAAGUACACUGAUGGGACAUCUUCUGUAUCAAUUGGGUGGUAUCGAUGAACGAACUAUGCAUAGAUAUAAACAAGAAUCAGCUAAAACUGGCAAAGGGUCCUUUGCAUAUGCUUGGGUGCUUGACUAUACACAGGAAGAGAGGCAACGAGGUGUAACAAUGGAUAUUGCACGAACAAGCUUUGAAACUGAGCAUCGGAAAAUCUUUGUUCUCGACGCACCAGGUCACAAGGACUUUAUUCCCAACAUGAUCACAGGUGCUGCUGAAGCAGAUGCUGGUAUAUUGGUUAUCAAUGCAACUCGUGGAGAAUUCGAAACUGGAUUCGAUCAGGGAGGUCAGACAAGGGAACAUGCUAUCUUGCUUAGAUCACUGGGAGUAGGUGAACUGUUAGUUGCCAUAAAUAAGAUGGAUACGGUGAAUUGGUCUCAGCAGCGGUACGAUGAACUCUGUACUACUCUGAAGGUUUAUCUGAGGAAGCAGGCAGGAUAUUCAACAGUUAAAUUUGUUCCACUCUCUGGAUUGGAUGGAAUUAAUUUAACAGAAGCGCCGUCUGAUGGUCAUUCUUUGUGUGCGUGGUACCAAGGGCCAACACUAUUGCAAGUAAUGGAUGAACUACAGGUCCCAGUACGAUCACAGAAUCGCCAUUUCCGUGCUGUUAUUAAUGAUAUAUACAAAGCUUCUACGUUAGCGUUUUCAGUAAACAUCAAAAUUGAAGCUGGUUUCAUAGAAAAUGGUGAGAAAGUGUACUUAAUGCCGAAUGCAGAUCCUGUAAUUGUUAAAGGAAUAUUUGUGGAGGCCAAUUUAAAGAAAGGCAUUGGCUUUGCUGGUGACCAGGCUAUAGUGACUCUAGCACCUGUUUCAAACAUCGAACCCGACUCCGUGAGCAUUGGUUACGUUCUCUGCCGCGGUGGACAGGAAUGUCUUAUUCCUGGAAUGAAAUAUCUGGUGCGUAUUGUUGUUUUCAAUAUACUUGUGCCAAUCAUGAAAGGCACCAAAGUUGAACUUUUUGCACAUUCGCUGUGUGAGCCUUGUACUAUCACACUAUUGAAAGCAGAACUGAACAAGUCUACGGGCGAAGUGAUAAGACAAAAACCUAGAGCACUAACAAAAAAUAUGAGUGGGAUGAUUGAAAUUCGAACAGAACGAGCUGUGAGUUUAGAACGAUAUUCGGAAUGCAAAGCACUUGGUCGAGUAACACUUCGCCAUGCGGGACAGACUAUUGCAGCAGGCAUUAUUGAGCAAAGAUUGGAUUGAAUUCAGUAAUAUUCUGCUUUUUUUCUAAUAUGCUUUCCAUGGUACUGGAUUCCAUUUUCAGCGGCACCAUCACUAUUUACAUAAGUACAUAAGGUCAAUUACGUUCAAAAUAUUGUUUAUGUUGGAGUUCACAUGUUAAACUGGAAUAUCAGUAUUACCCGAAGCCAUAUGUUAACCUCUCUUUCCCUUCAAAUUAUGCUCAUCCUUUCAUUUCAGGUCGCCUAGUUUCUUUUUCGAACUUUUUGUAUUUAUUUCUGCUGCUCAUUGGUUCAUUGACAAUGGCCAGUAUUACUUUUAUUAAUCAGUUAUUUAAAUAAAAUUUGUAUUCGACAAAUUAAAGAGUGAUGUACAAUAUAU